GUUUACUCACUGUUUGCCCAAUAAAGCUGGCAAACACAGCCAUUUCGCUGCGGAAAUGAUCCCCCACAAUUUGAUAAACAUUUACGAUGACGUUAAAAGCACUGUGUCACAUAUGCAAAUGCUGAUCGAUUCGCCAUAAAUAAAACUGAUGGAUGUAGUCAGCUAAUUGGAGGGGUCUCCACCUGGUGGGGGAUCAUCUAGGGACCAGAUUCUAGGGGUUUAAAGUUCGUUCCCCUGGCACGCGUCCAUACGGAUUCCAUCGAGUGGAACUGAAUAUUCUCGUAGGGCCACAGGGUAAACAUGCACCAGCGAAUUUACACACUGUCGUUGAUCUUAGGAUAAUUGAUUGCCAUCCAACAUCACCUCCACUUCUAGCUACUUAGCACUUCGAGUGCGCCGACUAGUCGGCAAUUACGCUGCUCGGAGCUCAUCCGGCGGUUCGCGGGGAGUCGGGCCUGAGGCAUUCGGAUACUUAGGCCACGCCGCACGUACGCGUCUCUUUUGGUCCGAGCCGAGCUCGAUCUUGGCCAAUCCGUUAUAAAUAGACUCCGCCUGGCGUAGGCACCGCAUUUGCAGCUCAUCAGUCGGCGGGAGCCCAUCUGGAUAAUUGGCCAAAAAGUGGAUUUUCAAUCUGUGUCAACAAUUUAAACGUCUAUGUGCGGCACGUAGAUUUAAGAUUUAAAAACAUAAAAUAUUUGUGCAUUUUUAAAGUAAACUGAGUUUGCUUACUAAGGUUUAAGAUGAUUGUUGAAAAGAUGUUUGAACGUGCCACCAAGACGGAGCUUUGCACGGUGCUCGUCCUGCUGGCUCUGAGCCUGGCCAUCUACACCUUCUACGGCAACCUGCAGACGUACCUGCGGUCCGUGCUCCUGUCGCUGCGCCUCACGGGCCCGCCAUCAGUUCCCUUAUUGGGCAACUGUCUGCUAGUCACUGAGAAAGACCUGAUGCGGAAAUGGGCAGCUAAAGCCUUCGACCUUUACGGAUCGCUGGUGCGGGUAUGGGUGCUGCUGUUUCCCUUCUUCGCGGUUCUGCAGCCGGAGGACCUUCAGGUCAUACUCUCCUCCAAGAAGCACACCAACAAGGUCUUCUUCUACCGUCUAAUGCACAACUUCCUGGGCGACGGCCUGAUUACCAGCAGUGGCUCCAAGUGGAGCGAUCAUCGCCGGCUUAUCCAGCCUGCUUUCCACCUCAGUCUGCUGGAGAAGUUCAUCGACACCUUUGUGGACGCCUCGCAGUCGCUGUACGAGAACCUGGACGCCUCCGCUGCCGGUACGGAGAUAAACAUAGCCAAGUACGUGAACAGCUGUGUCUUGGACAUACUGAAUGAAGCGGUGCUGGGCGUGCCCGUGCGGAAGAAAGGAGACCAACUGGUCAACAUGGAGGAGUCCCCCUUCCGGCAGGGCAAGCUCAUGAUGCCCAGAAGAUUCACCCAUCCUUGGUUGCUGCUGGACGGGAUCUACCACUGGACGAAAAUGGCCAGCGACGAGCUGAACCAAAAGAAGCGCCUCAACGACUUCACCCGCCAGAUGAUCCAGCGGCGGCGACUAAUCCACAAGUCUAGCAACAACAACAACGAGCGAAAGUGCCUCCUGGACUACAUGAUCGAAAUCUCCGACAGCAAUCCGCACUUCGGGGAGGAGGACAUUGUAAAUGAGGCCUGUACCUUCAUGCUGGCCGGCCAGGACUCCGUGGGCGCAGCCGUGGCCUUUACCUUGUUUCUGCUGGCCCAGAACCCCGACUGUCAGGAGAGGUGUCACUUGGAGCUAGAGCAAAUCUUCGACAGCAGCAAUAGGGCCCCUUCCAUGGGAGACCUUAGGGAGAUGCGCUACAUGGAGAUGUGCAUCAAGGAGGCAUUGCGUCUCUACCCGAGUGUGCCGCUGAUCGCCAGAAAACUGGGCGAGGAGGUCCGUCUGGGGAACCACACUCUGCCUGCCGGAAGCAACAUCUUCAUCUGCCCAUAUGCCACGCACCGGCUGGCCCACAUCUACCCCGACCCUGAAAAGUUCCAGCCGGAGAGAUUCUCGCCGGAGAACUCGGAGCACCGCCACCCGUACGCUUUCAUACCCUUCAGUGCGGGGCCGAGGUACUGCAUCGGCAACAGAUUCGCCAUCAUGGAGAUAAAGACCAUUGUGUCCAGGUUGUUGAGGAGCUUCCAGCUGCUCCCGGUGCCUGGGAAGACGACCUUCGAGGCCACUUUCCGGAUCACUUUGAGGGCGUCUGGAGGGCUGUGGGUGCGCCUGAAGCCCCGGGAUCAUCCGAUCACCGCCCAUUAACUACCGUAUUCCCUAAAUUCGUUACUUUAACUUUAAUUAGUAUGGUAAAUAUGUAUAUAAAUCGAAACAAUAAUUUAAACACUUAGCUUCCUCUAGCCUAAGUACAUUCCCUCCGAGUGAGGGAGUGCGUCCGUGGGGCUAGAUGCCGGAUGUCGGAUAGAUGUAUCCUACUGUAAGUGGGUGUGUGGGGGUAUGGAGGUGGAUGUGGAUGUGUUGCUCGCAAUCGCUCGAAUCGAAUUCGCUUUCAUAUUCGAGUGUUUCGUAAUUAUUUUGUCUCGUGGGGUUUCAUUUAUAAUAUAUAUAUGGAUGUGUAUCCGCUCCGCUGUAUUUUAAAAUAAAUUUUAAAUUGUGUCGGCCCUAAACCGACCUAAUCUAGGACGUAA